AUGCUCACUGGAAACCAAAGCACUGUCUCAGAAUUUAUUCUUCUUGGAUUGUCUGUGGACCCUUUAGUACAAAUUCUGCUGUUUUUCAUUUUCCUGGCAAUCUACAUCACCACACUGGCCGGGAAUUUACUUCUGAUAGUUGCUGUGAGGACUGACAAACAUUUGCACACCUCAAUGUACAUCUUCUUGUCUAGUUUGUCUUUCUUAGACAUCUUCUACACUUCCACUGUUGUACCCAAGAUGCUGUCUAACUUUCUUUCUCUAAAAAAGAGUAUUUCAUUUGCUGGCUGUGCUAUACAGUUUUUCUUUUUUCUGUUUUUGGGAGAAACGGAAUGCAUCCUUCUGGCCCUGAUGGCCUAUGACCGUUAUGUUGCCAUCUGCAACCCUCUGCAAUACAAUAUGAUCAUGAACACAAUGGUUUGUGUGCGGAUGAUCAGCAUGGCAUGGUUGACUGGCUGCAUAAUUUCAUCUAUUGAUACAUAUUUUACAUUUCGUUUAACAUAUUGUGGCCCCAACACCAUCAACCAUUUUUUCUGUGAGGGUCCUUUACUGAUUCAGCUUUCUUGCAGUGAUCUCUCAGCAGUCAACAUCUUAAAACUGGUUCUCACGACCAUCUUGCUUUUUAUCCCACUUUCACUAAUUCUAAUGUCGUACCUCCGAAUCAUAAUCACGAUCACGACAAUUCACUUGGGAAAGAACAAAGCAUUUUCAACAUGUGUUUCCCAUCUUACGGUGGUGGUCAUUUACUAUGGGACAUCCAUAUGCAUGUACAUUAGACCUGAGGAUUCAGUCCCAGAGGAUGUAGACAAAAUGGUGGCAGUAUUUUACACAAUGAUAACUCCCAUGCUAAACCCUUUAAUCUAUAGCCUAAGAAAUAAAGACGUUCAGAGAGCCAUGAGAAAGCUAGUAGGAGCUAAAAGUCAGUUUACGAGAAUUAAAAGGAAUUGCAGUUUAAGGAAAGAUUUUGUUGAUCAAACUGAUGUAUUGAUCGAUCGGUUUAUUGAGAAAGGAUAUAAAAAACCUUUUUUGUCAACAGAAAGGGAAAUGAUUGAUAAAAAGGAUAGAAGUACUUUUCUGUCUAAUAGAAAGAUAAAGAAUAACAACUUUGAUAUGGCUUUUAUUACCAACUUUAAUAAUCAGUAUAAAGAGAUUGAGGGUAUUUUCAAUUUUCGAUUUGAAGGGAUUUGUUCAUUGUAA